AGGACUUUGUUCUCCGGCGCUGGUGGGCCCAGGCUGCUGCUGCUGCUGUCGUCGUCGUCUAUACUCUGUCUCUUAGUCUCGGCGCUCUAUAGGCGGUGUAUAUAGAUACACACACACACACACAUAUAUAUAUAUAUAUAUAUAUAUACGUAAGAUACGUGUGCAGUGCGCGGCGCUUCCUGGCGAACGGCUGCGAGAGUUCUGUGACCGGAGGACCCAGCUGUCGUAUAUCGGCAGAAUUUCUCGACGGCGGUACUUACGAUGGACUACGAGUGAUCAUGAAGCGAGUACACAAGUGAAGCUGAGAGAGAUCGGUAUGACCGAUCAAGGUUCUAGUGCGUAGACUCGGGGUAUACGUGGGUACCAACGUAGUAUACACAGAAGAGGAAGAGAGAGAGAGAGAGACAGCGCCGCCAACAUCUGUUGCACCGUUGAACCGUUGUCAAGUCUCUCUCGCUCGCGUCCAUACCGAUCGCGCGGCAGGAAGAUCGGCUUCGUCGGUGAGAAAAGUGAGACCGAUUUCUCUCGCGCGCGCGCGUUAUUACAUUCCCACGACAAAAGUAUAAUACACAGGAGUGCGUGUGCCAAGAAGAAGAAAAAUCGGAGAGAGAUCGGUAAGGAGAAUCGAGGAGUAUACACAGUGAGGAUCGACCGGGAGUACAACACCUGCCGGGCCAGUGGCCCGUGACCAUACUGCUGCAGAGCCAUCGGAGCGCGCGUGGCCUCAUUGCGCGGCGUCUCUCGCAUAUGGCCGGGAAAUCGGCUAGUCGGCUUGGCCGACGGGAGAAGCCGCCGCCGAGGCUGGACUGACAGCUGGCACCAAAGACACCACACACACACACACACACACACCUGCAGUGCACACGAGAGACGACCAGCCGAGCGUGAGAGACGCGUCCAGAUUUAGAAUAUAACCAGAAUAAGAGCGCUACACUGGAGAAUGCAGCUGAUCGACUAGAGGGAGCGAGCUUCGGGUAAAUAAUUGCGCCAGCCGACCCUCUGAGAGCACUUCGUUCAGCCUCUAAUCAACGAACGGGAGCAAACUGUUGUUACAAAUGGAUUUGACCGAGGCGUACGCGCCUAGUCAGAACCGGCGCGGUGGCACCGUCACCGAGGAGAAGACCACGGACUACUUCGACUUCGUGGUUUCUCCACCGCCGCACUGCACCAACGCCGAUGGGACCGUCGACGGGGACAACUUCCUGCAGCACACGGACUGCAGGACGAUCAACUUCCUGGAGGACGCGGACCUCAACCGUGAUAGCUUCAUCGCCAAUGUCAAGGAGGCCAACAAUAACACGAUUCAACUUCCGGCCCUGCCACCCGUCUCCACUAUCACGGGUCACAUCAACCGUAACUGUGGCUACCCCCUCCUCGAGGACCUCAGCUACUAUACGAACAACAACUGGAACACGUCGCCAGCCACGUCGAACGACCAUCACUCGGGUCUUCUGAACAAUCAGCGCAGGGACUCGCCACUGGGCGACAUGGCGCUUCAGCAGCACAGAGACUGCUCGAGCGAUGACCGGCAGAACACGGACGGCGCCAUCUACACGCUGACCGUGCUCAACAGCGAGGCCAACUCGAUAGACGGUCUGGAAUGCUGCAAGAGCUCGCCAUCCGGUACUACCAGCGACGGCUGGACGCUCCGAAAUAACCAGCUCGACUUGGACGCCAUUCUCAACAUGGAGAGCAGCGUCAACAUCUCUGACCCGAACGACCGUGACAACGAGCGCGGACAGGACGUCGUGACGGUCAACGGUAACGUCGUGGACAGCUACACCGCGAUAGCCGGCACGCAGUACACGACCGACGAUCAAACGGGGCCGUUCGGCGUAACGAUCAAGACGGAGCCGUUCGGCGUCACGGUCAAAGCGGAGCACGGUGACAACAACAACGACUGGAAGCUGUCCGACAGGAACAACCUGCAAGAGACGGUCACGGUGUCGGAGUCAGCGGCGGAAAGUUUGCUGAGGAACGCCCUUCAGGGCAAGCUCUACUCCACGACGGCGUCCUUGACCGGGGCCACGAGGUUGCUGGGAGACGGGUCAACCAGUGGCCAACCUAAUCAGGACGACACCAUGCAGACCUGCACGGACGAGCUUCUGCUGUCCCAACUCGACGUCGACGGAACCUACAGGACAGGCGACUACGACAAGCUGAAGAACAUCGCCAAUGAGGUGGUCGAGUCCUACUGCAAUCUCGAGCCCGUCUGCAACGUCCAGGCCACCACGGUGAUGUACACCCUCGACCCGGCCAGCGGAAGCUUGGGUACCAUCACGCUGCCCGCUGACCUGGCGCAGGUCGGGACCGUGACCGUAGUAACGACCGCACCGCCGCAACAGGAUGUGCUGCAUCAAGAUACCAGACACACGGAGCAGCAGCAACCGACUGUUACCGCUCGAACAACGACGGCUACGAGCCAGCUGCAGCUUCCCAACAACACCACGACCACUGGCCGGUCGACGAAGGCGCCAAAAAAGUACGUCCGAAGGGCUAACCGAAAUACAGCGAACGCCACGGGCAACGGAGGUGCUGGUGCCACGUCGCAGGGUGGCGCCGGUGCUACGGGUUCACCAGGCGCUGUGCAGCAGCGCAAGGAACGCUCCUUGCACUACUGCAGCAUUUGCAGCAAGGGUUUUAAGGACAAGUACAGUGUGAACGUGCACAUAAGGACGCAUACGGGCGAGAAGCCGUUCGCCUGUUCCCUCUGCGGGAAAAGCUUCCGGCAGAAGGCUCACCUGGCCAAACACUACCAGACCCACGUGCAGGUCAAGCCCAACGCGGCAACGGCUGCCGCCGCGGCGGCUGCUGCAGCAGCCGGCGGUACCAGCAACGGUAGCAGCGACACCGCCGAUCCCAAUGACGCGGAAAUGCAGGUCGACGGCAUCCAGGUCGAGGGUAUGCAGGUCGAGGGUGUGCCGGUCGAACAGCAGCAACUCGAGCACCAGCAGCAGAUAAUCGAGAUGCCAGCGGACUCUCAGGCAUGCACUCCGUCCAGCUAGCUUUCGUUAGCUUCGCCACUGUUUGGUCUGUUAGUCCUGACGGCUGGAUUUUGUACUGAGAUCUUGCUGAGUCUCGGAAGAGCGAGCUUGAGGGACUGGCUCGAUGUGUCAUGGUUAUGCACGGGGAAGAGUGAGUCGCGAUGGAAUUUCUUCAAAGCCUUAGAUUGCCACUUGGUUUCAGUUACUGCCGGCUGAUGUUGUUACUGCCAUUUUUAGUUACCGAGUCCAAUUCGACUUUGCGAAAUUGUCAUUUGCCGCACACCUACAGUUCCAUACACACUGGCACUCUUUUCCGUGUAGAUCGUAAAUUUAUCGAAUGUUCAGUUUUCAUAGAUUUUUUCUUUUUUAUCGUUGUCAUCUGUUUACGUUAACUUUUGGAUUAUGUUACCGAAGUAAUUUGACGGUGAACUCGAAACAAUGAGUUACAGCGCCAAACUGCGAAAUAGUAAAAUGUGUUAACAUCGAAUCUAAUUGACGCGAUGACCCGCUUGGAGUCUUUUAAAGAGUACCAUUAGUUUAUAUGCAGUUCACAGCACUUGGUGAACAUGAAAUGACUGGAAUAACAACGAACGUCAAGUAGCUCAACGUGUUAACGAAUUCUAAACGUUUUGUAAAACGAGGCUUAGCAACUUUUUGGAAACUCAGACAUCAGGUUUUCCCAAUUGAGUUUGCAAAGCGUUGACGAAGUCAGUGUAAAGUUCGGUGCUGUCCCAGUCGGACUUCGAAAUCUGAAGCUUUGCCAAACCAUGAACAUCGUCGCGAUGCAGUCCAUCCGAGCUGCGCUUUGUCCUCGAAAGAUCCAACGAGGAUUCAGUACAAAAGUACACCUUUCGCAUACGCAUAGCUCGAACGACGUCUUUCUACUUUUCAACUAUAUACUUUACUUAGAUUCUAAGCUUUUUCUGCGCACGAAAAUGUUUUCAAAUGCUCCACUGAAUAUAAUUUACAUGGCAGAGAUGAAGCGCGUGAUAGUUCGAUAUGAUAUUCGGUGACAUAUCGACUGAGAUUAUGGAAGCUCUCUUACUUCUUCAACAUUGACACUAUUUUUAUAACUUUACAAUAAUUAUCUUAAGCUAAGGUUUCAUAGAAAGUUAGGUAGAAACGCGACGCGUUUACGCGAUUUCCCAACACACUAUACACUGUAUGUACAAUUCCCAUAAGUUCUUGCGCGAUUGACAACGCGUUGGUUCGAGAUUAAUGCACACACACACACACACACACGAUCGUAAAACAAAAGGCUUGUAAUUUGAGAAUAAACAGGGUCGCGCGCACUUUACUGACAAAUUAACCAUAUGAACGAACGCUGUAUAAUCGAUAAGCCGUAAAUUGUAAGGAUUGAGAUUCUUUUUGCCCCGUGAAAUUAGUUUGUGAGAUUAAUUAGGUUGGACGAUUCCGAGCAGAGGAUGCGAAAGUCUUAUGAGUUAAGAAAGGUGAAGGUACACUAAUUAAAUGAAUAGGAUGAGAAACAGGCAAUGUGUUCCUACGAUGUAUUAGCCGAAAUGAGCCGGGCAUGUUGUUGGAAGCAUAAUAUACAAGUGCAGUGCGGAUCAAUCCAUACACGUGAAUUCAAAGUUGUAGAACCUGACCAACGCGUAUACUCUUCUUUUAUAAUUAGAUAUUAUCGAUUCUAUGACUAUACACUUCUUCCUUAUCCCAAUGUCGUUGCCGUAUUUAGACAAUUUUUCUCGCAAAGCUCAAUCGCGUUUCUAUGAAAAUACUCCAAUAUCCGACGUGCAAAGUACUGACUCGAGGUGUUGAUGGUACAAAAGACUGCGCGUCAGAUUCUUCCUCGAUUCUCAUAAUACGUACAUAGAAUAGCGUUGUCUAGUACGACUAAUGAUGGAAAUUUUAAUUUAUAAUUUUUAUGCUAUUUUGUGGCGCGAAAUCUAAAGUCAUUUGCAAAAAUGUAAAACGUUAAUUUUAUGUGAGUUGGCAAAAUGUGGCUCCCAGUACUGUUAUUUUUACCUAUUGCAGAUGUGAAUAUUUAUUUGAAUAAUAUUUGUUUAUAUUUAUCGACUAAACAAAAGCAAACAUUUUUUAAAGUGGAUUUGUUUCUUAAACGCAAUUUAUGACAAAUUUAAAAUAUCGGGCUCGAAUAAUAUGUUUAAUAUAACAUUAAAUCAUUUCGAAUCAGUACGAUAAAGUGUCACUAUUUGUUGCUGGUCGCUAAAAGCGUGAAUACAACCACAGUGGAACUUAUUCAUACUGGACAACUCUUUUCUGAUACGUAUUACAUUGAGCUAACUGGAAAAUUUGAUUGCCGAUAAUGCAAAAGUAGUAAACUCUCUCUCUCUCUCUCUCUCUCUCUCUCUCUCUCUCUCUCUCUCUCUGUAGUUAUCUUUUUUAACUUACUAUACUCACGUUAAAUUAAGUAAGUAAUAGCAUGAGCUGUGAUUUAGGUACAUAUGCGACGAUUGUGAAGCAGACCAUUCGAGAGGACGUUCACACCCACAAUUUUCGUGCAUGACUUUUGUGAUGUUUUGGGAGAAUCAGACGAAUUUUCUAAAAAUCUAAACUAUCCUUUUCCAAAAGCAGUUUUUUCAUUUCAAGUGACAGAUGGCACUUUCGUCAUAAAGUAGGAAGAACGGUGCCUGAUGGCCCCAAUUGCCAAUUUCACUCUGUAACUCUGUAACUCUGAUCAGUUCCCGGUAAUAGCAACCAAACCCCGGCAAGUCUACCUUAUUACGUAUGUAAGAGAAAUGAUUUUACAAUGAACUAGAAAAAACUGUCUUUUUAACGUUUUAUACAAAACAAAGUGAUUGACUGAAUAUACGAAUCUAACGUAAUUGUCUAUUAUUUAAAAAAAAGUGGUGAUCUAAAAUUUCGAUAUUAUUCUAUAACAUUGUGAUUAACAAAUUGUAUAUUCUCACGCUGGGGUUCUGUGAAAAAAAAGAAACAAGUGGACUCGAGAUCUCUAUUCUAAAUGAUACCUUUAAGUUUAACCUGAAACGAAAUUAAAAACGACUCAAGGUGUUAGUAAUCAUUGUAACACACGUAAGCUGAAAUUCCGAACAACUAUUCAUCAUCUCUUCAUUUCGCAAAGUGUUCAAAGUCACGCAAAUGCAUCUUACGUCGAAGUAAACACACGCACAACUUUCUCCCACGCCAUCCUCGAAAUUUCUUCAACGCUUUAUUCCGCUUUGAUGUUAUACUUUCCGCUAAUCUGUCUAUCACACACUGUCUACACGAUGAACUCAUGAAUCGAGCUAUCCUAGCGCCCAUUUGUUACAUAGGUAUAAUUCUCGUAAGAAUAAUAGCGAAGCUUCAGAGUUAGAUAAAAAAAAUUAGUUAAUGUAGACCCGUAGACGCAUUUUUCUUGUAGCUAAUUAUCACAGUAAACUUAAAGUGCGAAUCAUGAUUCAGCCUAGUUUAAGGUCAACACAUUAUAGCUGUAAGGAAUAGGCCGCGCGAAAAUUGUGAGCACGCAAGUGGUGAAACCAGUUGCGGCAAUACGAAUAAAUAAAUAAAUAAAUAUAUAUAUGUGUGUUACACGUGUAUUUUACAAUUUACACACAUAGACACUAGAGCUACUGAUGAUGAGGAGGACGUAAUUAAUACAAGCUUUUGGUCUGAUAACUGAAAGAAGAACGAUUGCAUGUAGACACUUUAAAUUAUGUUAUUAUCACGAUGAUAUGAAUAUAUGAACAAUACUCAAACAA